UUUUUCUCUCUCUCUCUCUCCCCCGCGCUUUACCCUAAUCGCUCUUCGUACGCCUCCUCCGCGUACCAAUCCCGCUCCGAUCUCCGCCGCAGAGAUCGCGAUCUCCCCCGAUCGAGACUCCCUCCGAUCGAUUCCCCUCGUCGUCUCCUUGCCAACGAGCUCCGCAUCGCCGGGAACGGCGAUCUCUCGGCCCAAAAAUCGAGCCCUAGAUCGCCCCGGCCGCGAAACCCUAGCUUGGGGCGGAAGCGAUCGACGGAUCCGCGCGGGUUAUGCGCGUCGCCGGGGCCAAUCGGUACUUCCUCAAUCCUAGCGAGGAGGAAACCCUAGCGAAGAUGGCUACCGACCACCCACGCUCCGAGGUGGCGUCCGCCGCGGGGACGGCGGCGGCGGAGGAGGGGUUUGAGGUCUCCCAUGGCGACUCCGCCGAGGGGCCGAGAUCUAGGGUUUGGAUGGGGUACACGAUGCCGAGGAACUACGCCGCGCAUCUGUACAACUUCGCGUGGGCGCAGGCCGUGCAGAACAAGCCCCUCGGAUUGGAUCUGAACCCGGUGGGCUCCGAAGCUGAUCCCGAUUCGGAAGGUCUCGACAUGGUCAUUGAUGUGAGCAGCGAGGAAUCCGGUGGCGGGAUGGAGAAGGAGGAAGGGGAAUUGGAGGAAGGGGAGAUCGAAUUGGGGUCGGAACCGGCGGCGGAGCAACCGAUCGAGCUCGAUUCUGAUAAACCUGAAGAGAAGAAGGAACCCGAGGAGAAGGAAUCGGAUGGGAUCGAGCAUGAAAAGCCUGCGGAUUUCGAUAGCCGCGUGAGCUUGAUCCUGGAGGAGUUGGAUGGUAUAACAAUGGAGGAGGCCGAGGCAUCAUUCGAAGGUGCUUGUUCUCGGCUGCACAGGUCAUUUGAAAGCCUGAAGCCGUUGUUCUCGGAGAUGGAGGAGGGUCCUCUUCCUGUUAUGGAUUCUCUUGUUCAGUGGGCAUUUACUGGAAUUCAAGCAGUUAAUUCUGUACUUAGUUCGAGCCACUUGCCAAAAAAGGAGGAGAAUAAGAAUUUGUUCUUAAGGUUGUUGAUUCGUAUAAAGAACCAGUAUUCCACUCUGUUAACACCCGAGCAAAUAAAUGAGCUAGAUAAAAUUGUGAAAUCGCUGGCUUUCGAGGAAGGAAAAACAGUGAAAGAGCUAUCUACUGCGGAUGGAGGCAUUGCGGAUGCUCUUUCCAGCGGAGCUGAAAAGCCUACUUCAGCACAAAGAGGAGUGAAUUCUCUUACUGCCAAUGGUCCAAGCGUCUCUUUGCCUAGGUUAGAACUACCAACCAUGUCAAGGAACAAAGCUAUUAGCCCAUUGUUGGAUCUUCACGCAGAUUAUGAUGAAAGCAGCCUUCCAUCACCUACACGAGCAAACUCGAACUCACCACCAUUCCCUAUGCCGAAACCUGUCGGUGUUGGAAGUAAUUCAGGUUUGUCAACAAAAUCAACAAGUCGACCGAAAAUGGAUGAAGAUACUGCAUUGCAUUCAUAUGUGACUGAUGCCGUAAAAGCUGUUUCGACCUAUCAGCAGAAAUACGGAAAAAAUUCCUUUCUUACAACUAAUCGGCUCCCUAGCCCUACUCCAUCGGAUGAUUCGAAUAAUGACAAUGAACAGGAUACUUGUAAUGGGGAGGUAUCUAGUUCCUCGGCUGCUCCGAAAGCAAGACAGGUUAAUACAACUCGAAAUGGGUCGAUUAAGCCGGUUGGUCAAGUGGGUCCAGGAGGACCAGGACCAAACUCGGGUUUGAAAGCUGCAGCGAAGAGCAGAGAUCCGAGGCUUAGGUUUAUGAAAUCUGAGGCAGAAGAUGGGAUUAGUGGGAUGGUAAUGAACUCUCGGAAGAACAAGGCAGUCGAUGAAUCUCUCCCUGAAGAGCAUUCUUCAAAAAGGCUACGAAAUGGGGUUAAUGAUAGAGUUCAAUUGAGGGAACAAAGUAAGUUUGACAAUGGAAGGGGAGGAAAUGGUGGCGUUGAUUUUAAUAAACCACUGAAUGAUAACAAUACCAACUUCGGCGGUCCAAAUGGCGGAGUCACACCUGAUGUAGCAAGUAGUUCAGUACCUUCUCGAUCGCAGAAUAUAGCUGUUAAUCCAAAAAUGCUCGUGCAAUUUCUUCAAAAGGAACAGAAAAGAUUAUCAGCUGAAGCGCAGCAAAAAGCUGCUGCUUCUGCUUUUGAUAAGAGAAGUGAUACAGGUAUCAGCGUAACACCUGGAACAGUUUUAUCAGGUGGAGGACCUCAAGUGACGUCCCAAACGUCUGGAAUGAAUUCUCAGAAUGAUCCGGGUAGAGUUCGUUUGAAACCUCGUGAUCCCCGUCGCAUUCUUCACGAUUCUACAACUCAGAAUAGCAAUGCAUCAGGCCCUGAGCAGGCCAAGAUGAACGAAGCUGUCUCAUCUGGUCCGCAAAGCAGCAAAGACCAUUUGGUAGUCCGAGAGCACGGAGAUUCAGCUCAACCCAGUGGAGCACCUCCUCAAUCCGCUCCCCUCCCAAUUUCAACUCCUCAAUUGACGAAGAAUCUCAGCAAUACUGCCAAUAAUGUUGCUAGCUCACAGUCAACUACUGUAUCUCCAACGGUCCUGCAGAAUAGUAUUCCCCGACCUGCUCGGAGUGCCAUUUUACAGUCAGCUAACUCUUGGGGAGAUGUCGACCAUCUGUUGGACGGAUACGAUGACCAACAGAGAGCGGCUAUUCAGAGAGAGAGGGCGAGAAGGAUAGCGGAGCAGAACAAGAUGUUCGCUGCCCGAAAGCUUUGUCUUGUCCUCGAUCUCGAUCAUACUCUUCUAAAUUCAGCCAAGUUUUCAGAGGUAGAUCCUACUCAUGAUGAGAUAUUGAGAAAGAAAGAAGAGCAGGAUCGAGAGAAGCCACAAAGACACCUCUUUCGCUUCCAACAUAUGGGAAUGUGGACCAAGUUGAGGCCGGGGAUCUGGAACUUUCUGGAGAAGGCUAGUAAGCUAUAUGAGCUUCAUCUAUAUACGAUGGGGAACAAGCUGUAUGCUACAGAGAUGGCGAAAGUGCUUGAUCCAACAGGGGCUUUGUUUGCCGGCCGGGUUAUUUCGAGAGGAGACGACGGCGACCCAUUUGAUGGCGAUGAGAGGGUGCCCAAAAGCAAGGAUCUUGAUGGGGUUUUGGGCAUGGAAUCCGCGGUUGUGAUUAUCGAUGAUUCCGUAAGGGUCUGGCCUCAUAACAAACUCAACUUAAUUGUGGUUGAGAGGUACACUUACUUUCCCUGUAGUCGGCGGCAAUUUGGGCUUCUAGGGCCAUCCCUUCUUGAGAUCGAUCAUGAUGAGAGGCCUGAAGAUGGAACUCUCGCUUCUUCCUUGGCGGUCAUUGAGAGGAUACACAACAUCUUCUUCUCGCACCGCUCCCUCAAGGACGUGGACGUGCGGAACUUACUCGCGACCGAACAAAAGAAGAUCCUUGCUGGGUGCCGGAUCGUCUUCAGCAGGGUUUUCCCCGUCGGCGAAGCUAACCCCCAUCUCCAUCCGCUGUGGCAAACGGCCGAGCAGUUUGGCGCGUCUUGCACAAACCAAAUAGACGAGCAGGUCACACAUGUCGUCGCCAAUUCGCUUGGAACCGACAAGGUGAACUGGGCUUUGUCGACGGGGCGGUUCGUCGUUCACCCUGGCUGGGUGGAGGCCUCGGCCCUUCUAUAUCGGCGAGCAAGCGAGCACGACUUUGCGGUUAAACUAUAACAAACCCGACCCGACCCGACCCGACCCGAUGAACCCCCCUUGCUUUUCCCGAACCAAAAAAAUUGAUUGGAAUUUAACCAUCUUUGAAAUCUGGGAGCUUAGAAUACACACAACAAAGAAAAGAAAAGAAAAGAAAAAGAAAAGAAAAGGAAAAAAAGAACGUAAAUCGUCUAAUAACUCAUUUCGGAGAGGCGAGAAGAGGAAUUUCAUGAAGAUUAACAAAUUGGUUGGAACGAAAAAAGGGUGGUUUGGUUAUUUUUCGAAAUCUAUAAAGGGAUUUGAUGCGAGAAUUUUUGAGUUUCGUGUUGGGAUCGAACUCAAAUUUUCUAAAGAGAAACUGAAGUGUGAAAAGGUCUCUUUUUAUAAGGUCAUUGGAGGAUUCCCACGAGAAGCCACGUGGCACCGGCUGAUUGGCCGAGUAGUUAAUUAGUCUUUUACGCGUGGGUCCUCUGAUUAAUUUGCUUUAGAAGGGAAUUGGAUCAUUUGGCAUCGUUAAUAUCAUUGCAGAUCUUGUUUUCUUUUCUUUUUUUCUUAUUUUUGCGAAAAAUUAAUUUCAAAGUUUUAUUACAACGGUAAAUUAUAAUUUUGGUCCUCAAACUUGUUGGCCACGUAACACUUUGAUCCGCGCAUUUUGGCUUCUAAAUAUUUGUAGGUUAUUGCAAUUAAGUUUCACAGUAUAAUUUAGUUUAUUAAUUAAAUGGCUAAUUAAACUGGAUUGCUAGGCUUAAUUGUAAUAAUGUAGAAAACUUUUUAAGCUAAAAAUCACAGUAAAAUUAAGUUUUGAGAACUUAAAAAGUGCAAAGACGCAAGGACCAAAAUUGUAAUUUGGCUUUACAUAUUCUUAUGUGUUUUUUGUCGAAUGGCGACUUAAUAAAAAUGUUCAAAUUAAUCACGUGAACAAUAAUUUUUGAGUGUUUUUCUAUGGCUAUUGCUUCAGUUAAUCUGGCCAAACAUUUUUCAGAAAAAUUAAUUAUAUAUUUUCACUUAAAGUAUGACUCACAUGUGAUUACAAAAUAAAUAAACGUUGGGCCAAAUUAACAAAAAAAAAAAUUGAAGCUACAUGGUAAUUUGCAAUAAUAUUAUUGUUUAUGUGGCAAAUUUUUAAAGUUUGAAAGUUUGGGUGGUGAGUUGUAAUUUUGGGUAAGGUUAUGCAUUUUUUUCUUUUUUUCCCCCCCCUUUCUAUUUAAAGACCUAUCAAUACCACAAAAUUCUUAUAAUGAUUUGAUUUAUUUCUGAGACAAGAAAGAUUGAAAAGGGCUCUCCCAUUGACUUCAAUUUUUUUUUACUUUUCUUAAUCCCUUUCAUGCUAAGUUCAUGGGACCUCUAAGAUUUUGUGAAAUUAAGUUUAGAUUUAAAUUACAUUUUUUACUUCAUUGGAAUUUUAAUAAUAAUAAUAAUAAUAAUAAUAAUAAUAAUAAGAGGUUCUAUGGUCUACAAAUGGGCUUAGUAUGUGAGAAUUGAGACUCGUGUCCAAUGCGGGGCCAAUCCUCUUCAGGGAAAAAAAAAAAAAAA